CGGUACCACUGUCUGCUUCCUUUUCUUAUCAUAAGAUGUGUCCUUAUCACCCAUUAGAAUUAUCACAUUUUCCGUUUACACUUGUGCGACAAAACAUUAUUGAUGAUGUUGUUGUGAACACCAACACUAACGAUUACAUUUCUUAGUUUAAAAUGGUGUGCGAGAAGUGUGAGAAAAAAUUGGGUGUGACAGCCACUCCCGAUCCCUGGAAACAAGGAUGUCGUAAUGCUAUCGAUACGAAUUCAGUAAGUAAACAGGACAACAAACAUUUACAAACUAUCGGAAAAAUCAAGACUCUGUCCGGCUCAAAAGUAUCUUCGAAAUCCGCACUCAAGACAGGAUCAUCUUCGGUUAUGUACUCGUUUGGUGCGUGCAGAAUAUGCAAACAGAAGGUCCACGAACCGGGCAGACAUUAUUGUCAAGGUUGCGCGUACAAGAAAGGCAUAUGCGCCAUGUGUGGCGUUCGCAUUUUGAACACUAAAUCUUAUAAGCAAUCUGCUACUUGAAAUAAAUUUAACCUGUCGCAUAAAACUUUAUUAAUUACAGCAUAACUGUAACGACUGAAAUAAUUUUAC